AUGGCUUUUGCUGCGAAGCUAAGUGCUCUCACCGGGGAGCUGGUCGAGGCUGUGACUCUCACCUCCGCCCAGACACGGCCCAGCAAGUUCAACGCCCACCGCGAGGCCGCUCUCCGCACUCUCAAGUCCAACCCGUACCUACGCACGAACCAAUUCGAUGUCGAGAACAACCUCGACGGCCUGGAAGAGCGAUUUCGGGUCAACUUGCGAGAGGAGCUCGCAGAUGCCCUCCACGAACGACGAACUCUUCUCCAGCAGACGCCCGCGAAAUGGCACCCCGAGCUACUGUUUCUGCUCCUGGAGCUCUCAAACCAGCCCACGUUCAACUCGGGGCUCAGCGACUUGGACUUGCUGAGGACGGGCUCGGACGCCGAGGAGCAACUUCGCUGGGAGGACAUCGCCCGAGAGGAUGGCUGGGACGAAGACGGUGCCAUCUGGAAAACCACAAAGUACAGCGACAGCUCGGAUGAUGACGAUGAAUACGUACAAGAGUCGGGGAGCGAGUCUGAUGCCAGCACCGCUUCUUCUGAAGCUCCAGCGGGCAGGACCGCAGACGACCUAAUUAUCCACCCGGAGGACAUUCCCCAGCUCAACCUUAUUCGAAGGGCUCAAGAGUGGCGGACUGGAAAACCCCCCAAGGAUGCUUCAGGCCACACACGCAAGGUGCCCGUCACUGAGUUUCACAUCGCUCGAGAGGUCUUGUUCAUGCUUCAGGGGCUGGACACGACUCUCUUCGGGUCCGAUGGACCUCCAGACCCUGCGUUCCAGAUGACGCACACAGCAUGGGACACCCACAAAGCCUUGAUCAGCUACUUUUCUGAAGCGGGACGUCAGCUUUCGAUUUUGCGCAAGUUCGUUUCCCAACCGCAGCGAGUCUCGCAUCUCCAGGCCUUCCAUGAUAGCGUCGCCUCUCGUCUUCAUGAUUUCGACAAGAUGGUGACCAAAAUCCAGACGCCGCUGGUCGUACCUAAAGGCGAGGUCGUCGUUAGCCUGCUGAGAAUCAAAGCGGAGCUUACCGCUGGUCUGAAUCCGUUAUAUGCACUCUCUGGAAUUGUUGCUCGGAUGCAAGAUGGGUCAGCGUCUGGCGCCUUUCGUUAUCUCGAGCUGCUCUUCGAAGAAGCUAGCUUGGCGCAGCUUGCUGGAAAGCUUGCCAUUUACGAAUUUCUUGCUCGAAUAUUUGUCGAGUGUUUCAAUGUCUAUCUACGUCCGAUCCGCUUGUGGAUGGACGAAGGUAAACUGCUACCGGGCGACAAGAUCUUUUUUGCCUCAGAGUCUCCGACCCAAGCCCCUCUCGGUAAGAUCUGGAAAGAUCAAUAUCGCCUUCGCCGUACUGCAGACGGAAAAUUACAUGCGCCCAAGUUUCUACAACCGGCAGCAGGCAAGAUCUUCAAUACCGGAAAAAAUAUCGUGGUCCUGAAGAAACUGGGCCGCUUUGGGUCUAUCAGGUCCAAGUGGAGCGUAGAGGAGCCUCCAUUAGACUACGAGACCAUCUGCCCUGCCGGGUUUGAGCUGGCCCCUUUCCGCGAUCUCUUUGAUGCUGCAUUUGAUCGGUGGAUCCAAAGCAAGUACAACACCACUUCUACAACGCUCAGGAACGCACUAUUCGAAAACUGCGGCCUCUGUUCCGCUCUGGAUGCCAUGGGUUAUCUCUACUUCAUGUCGGACGGCUCUGCAACUGAGCUCUUCUCAAGGAAUUUGUUUGCCAAGUUGGACGUCUUGGCCCCUACCUGGAACAACCGAUACGGCCUAACUAGCACUGCCCAAGAGGCAUACGCAUCACUUAUUGAAUCAACUCGAUUAUCUGUUGCUGUCGGCCCUGAAGGCUCGCGAGUACCAGUUCUGGCGGCUCGGGACUCCAUCAGGACAGCAAUCCCCACCAUCAUGGUUAACUACCGGCUAUCCUGGCCGGUCCAAAUGAUCUUGUCUGAAAACAGCAUAUCUCAGUAUCAAGCUAUCUUUACGUUGCUCUUGCAACUAAGGAGAGCUCUCUACGUGCUUCAGAAACAAAAGAUCCUUGACAGCUACUGGACUGACGAUGACAACUGGGACGAAAGAGCACUUUACUAUUCGAUACGAACUAGACUUUUGUGGUUCUCGACCAGUCUCCAGACGUACCUGGUGACAUUGGUGCUCGCGCCGAAUAGCUCCAAAAUGAGAAAAGAAUUGCAGGAGGCCCACGACGUGGAUGCCAUGAUUGUUAUUCAUGCCACCUUUAUGAAACGGGUCAUUGAUGAGGCAUGCCUAGGGAGCAGAUUGACCCCAAUCCGGGAAUGCUUCCUCGACAUUCUUGACCUAGCUAUCAAGCUUGAUCAAGCCCAGGCCUCCCACGACAAAGAGGCAGAGGAGUUGCGGGAACUUUCGCGUCUGUCUGCCAUGUCAUCACCUGGUCCACCGGGAACACCCAAGCCCAAGACGCCGAGAUACGUCCGUGAUAGCGAUGAGGAGAGCGAUGAAGAGAGAGACGAGGAGAGAAAGCCACACAAGGCCAAACCGGGAAAGCCGUACGUGACAGUGCUGAGAGAGACUAGGGGCGAUUUUGAAAGGCACCUGCGGUUCAUCUGCGAGGGGCUGCGUAGCGUUGCACGGGCGACGAGUGAUGCACAGUCGGCGAAGUGGGAUAUCCUGGCAGAGAUGCUGCAAACAGGUAGCCGGAAUUGA